CACAGUUAAGCCGAGUCACACUCGGUCACUCACACUGAACUGAACAGGUUUAUAUUUUUUUUAUCCGGCAAAAUUAAAAAGUAAAAUUAAAAUCCCGCACUCACUCUCGAACACGCGGCGUUCUGAUCGGAUCUAAAGUGAGUAACCAGAAGAAUUGAGAUGGAUUCUGACAAUAUUCAAGACAGAUCUUCUUCUGUUGAAAAUGCUAGUUCUGGUGAAGCGGAGGCUGAAUCGAAUUACAACGAUUCACUUGAAGUUGUCUCAUCUGGUGGAGCCACUAUUCGCGAGCUAGAUAGUAUAGCAGAAAUGUUAACUAGAGUUGAACUAGAUUUAGCAUGUUCCUCUGAAAAGUUAGUUAACUUGGACAUACUCGUUAUGCAUGUGGCUUCAAGGGAAAACGAUUUCGAGGCUUUUGCUUUGGAAGACGAGCAUACAUCGGAUGGUCGUGCUGAGAAAGCAUUAGAAUUUGACCUUUUGUAUGGGUUUUUGGACUCUGAAGUUACUGAACUGGAGAGUCUUCUAUCUGCUCUUCAGGCUGAGAUUGUUCGUUCUAAGGGGAGUAUAUCUUCAUUCAAGCAGCUUGGUGAUGGUCUUAAGGAAAUUGAAGAGAAGUUACAAGAUUGUGAGGACACCUUGAAGAUAUCAUUCGAACAGGUCUCGGGCAUAAAGAUGCAAUCUGCUAACUUCCGGAAAAUCUUGUUAGCUUCUUCUGGAGAUGGAAAGUGGAAUGAUGAAAACGAGUUUGCUGGUCCGGAAAAUGGCGGCCAUUCAGAUAUAAAUGCGAAGAUCAAAAUGCAAACUUCCGAACAGCAGAGGAAUAUCUUGAGAAUGCUGGAGAAAUCUCUGGCCCGGGAAAUGGAUACUGAGAAGAAGCUAACGGAGUCGAGACAAACCGAAGAAGAUUUAAAAUUUCGGCUGCAGCACGAAGUCUACUGCAUGGAAGUAGAGGGUGAAGAUAUGUUGGAAAAACUGCUUGAGGCUGAAAAUAGUGCAGAAAUAUUUUUGGGAAUUUCGAAAGAACUAUUUGGUCGAAUCCAGGCGGCGCAGUUUAGUAUAAAUGAGUCAAUUCAGAGAGAACAAGAGUUAAGAUCUAAAUUGCAAGAUUUUACCGAGCAGUUGAAAGAAAAAGAUUGUGCUUUGCAGAGCUCUGAGAAUUCUAGAGCAGAACUCGUUGAAAAGGUUAACUCUCUAGAGGAGAAACUCGGCGACUUUGAGUCUCAACUGCACAAUGUGAAGGAGUCUUCCGAGCAAAAUAAAGAAUUAAAUGGAAAAGUUACUGAAGUUGAAAUGAGAGCUGAAAUUGCUGAAGCCGAAUGUAAAAUACUUAGGGAGUCUAACAUGAAGCUUAAUAUGGAAGUGAGCCGCUUGAAGAGUAGCAAUGAUGAUGCAACUGCGAGGGUAGAACAGUUAGAGAAGCGGUUAAAGGACUCUGAGAUGAAGCAAGUUCAUGCGAAGGCAUCUGCUGAAGCUAGUCAAGAGAAACAAAGCAUGUUAGAACAAACAACCAAGGAUAUGGAUAAUUUAAUAAAAGAUCUGAAGUCGAAGGUUUUGAAGGCCGAAAACCAGACCGAGAGUGCUGAAGAGAAGUGUAUUAUAUUGUCCGAGUCCAAUGCGGAAUUCAUCGAAGAGAUAAAUUUUCUAAGGCGCAGAACGGAAGAAUUGGAGACAUCUUUGCUUCAGGCUGAUGAAGCAAAGAAGGACACUGCGAAAACUAUUAAGUCGCGAAGUAAAGUAAUUACGGAUUUAGUAAUGCAGUUGUCUGUUGAACGAGAACGCCUUCAUAAGCAGAUAUCAUCAUUAACAAAGGAGAAAAAACUUGCAGCAAAAUACUUGCAGCAAAUAAAGAUGGACUCUAAAUUUUCUGUGAAUCGAAGCCAUGAAGUAAAAGAACACACGCUCUCCGAAAGUGUUGGUAAGAGCGGAACUUCUACAAAAGGAAGUAAUGAUGAAUUAAUGGAGUCUUCAGCUACCAGUAACGAGAUCGGCAACGCAGACAGAGAAGUUUUAAAACCGAGAUCAAGACAGAUCUCACCGAUUCCACCUCCGAGCUUAAUAACACCGUCAGAAAUAUAGACACAAGGCAGCUGAAAUUCAAAUACGUCUUCAUUGCUGUUCUUGUAUUGGCCAUUCCAGCAUUUGCAGCUUUUCUGUUUCAGCACUGAGAAACUAUCGACGACAACUGAUUUUCCACAAGAGAAAUUCUCAAGAACCGCAGAAGCAGAGGGAAUAUAUUUCACGUUCGAGGAAAGAUACUAUAAACUGUUUUUUGCUGUCGUAUAAUGGUUAAAUCGCGUCUUUUGCAGCUCGUAUUUUUCAUGUCAUCUCGUAAAGGAAGAGUCUCUUGUCACUGUAUAUUUUGGCACAGUUUUGUUACUAUGUAAAACCAGUGCAAAUUUUAAGGCA